GGGAUCUGACGAUUAUACCAUAAAAGUUUGGUCUAUCAAAGGUUCAGGGAGUACACCAACAUGUACUUUGCGCCAUACCCUUCGAGGUCAUGUUGCGGAAAUAAUUGAGCUUGCAAUAUCUAUGGAUAAUCAUUUGCUUGCGUCGAUAGAUUCAAACUGUUGUCUUGUUGUGUGGUGCUUGAAAACUGCUCAACCAGUAGUAGCUGUCCGGGGAUCACGUAAUAAUCGAGUGCUAUCUGGUCUUGGUUUCAUCGGCGUACCCAAAACUGUGUGUUCAACAGUUCCAUCCAUUUCAAAUAGUGGUGAGCAUCCUUCUGGUAUGCUUGUAGUAUCAUCCUUUGGCGGUUACCUACAUGUAAUACCUUAUGUUCAUACUGUUCGUUGUGACCGUUGUAACCAACAUCCAGCUGACGAAUUCGGCCAUGUAGAAGCUAACCGUGAAAACAGAUGGAUAUGUUGUACUGUUCAACUACUCCGCGCUACUCGUUUCACAACAGCUCCUGAAGGGACACCAAAUGUAUUUUGGCCAUCGAUUGCGUGUAUUGACGUCAGUCCAGGUAAGCUGUUAAGUUAAUUUUUCUCCACAUAUUUCUUUUAUAUAUUCUACUUCGGAAACGUCUUAUAUGUUUGUUUGAACAUAAUCGUCUGUGUUCGGAAUAUGUUAUCUGCCAAGUUCAGGAUUGCACUAAUUAAC